GUUUCAAAAAGUGAAGGAAUAUUGACAGAGCUGUAAUUAUUAUAGCCAUUUUCAGAGAGCAACACGAAUGAGAAUGUCUUAUAGAGUAGUACUGCUGGUUGUAACUACCUUCUGUGGGUACCUCUGUUCUGUGAAUGCAUCCGCAUCUCUUUCGAGCAGUACUAUCGUCGUGAAUGAAGGAGACUCAGCUCAACUGUGUGUCAAUAUUGAUGAGCCUCAAGAUGUGACUGUACAGUUGCUAGUAUCCAUACUUACAACCACACUGAAUGAAGGCACCGAUUUUGACAUAUCCAGUAACGAGUUACAGUUUACUGUUGACGGGCCGACUCAGAUAUGUUUUGACAUAGAAGCCUAUCCUGAUGAUAUUGUCGAGAAUGGGGAACUGUUUCAAAUAAGUAUCGGUGGGACGAUCACUGUUGGAGCUAUUGGUUCUACCCUCGUUACCAUUAGCGAUGCAAGCCGUAUCGAUGUCAGCCUCACUCAGGAAAACUACGCAGCAGUGGAAGAGACAGUGGAUACUUCUGUAAUGGUGUGUGCCAUGAUCGUUAGUGGAAGCAUACAAAGACAAGUUACGGUCACACUCGAUACAGUUGACAUGGGAACAGCUUCUUCUGCAGACGAUUACAUACCUUCAGGAGCUGUCUCAAAGACAUUCAGCCCGAUAGACGCCAGCGAGCCACAGUGCACAAAUAUUGCCAUUCGAAGCGAUGACAUUAUUGAAGAGGUUGAGACAUUUAUGGUCAGUUUAACAGCUGGUGUGGAUGCUGUAAAUGUCAUCAUUGGCGAAGCUACAGUCUCUAUAACAGACAAUGAUGGUGUCAACUUGGCACUGUCCUCACCUUCGGUGGCCAUUCCAGAGGGAGACAGUGGAUUGACUGAUGUUAAUAUCGAUCUGACGGUGGCCUUAAAUGGACUCACUCUGGACAGAGCCAUCACAGUGUUGGCCAAUACAGUAGAUGUAACAGCAACUGUUGGAAAUGAUGACUUUAUUCAAUUGGUCAACGAGCCAUUCACGAUACCUGCCACGGCUGCUGAUGGAGAUAGUUUCACUUUCACUGCUCAAAUUGUUGGUGACCUAGUGGAGGAGAACACAGAGCAGUACAUAAUUCGAUUUACUGCAGAGAAUGAGAAUGACGCGUUCGAACUUAGUCAAGUAUUUGUGAGGAUACAAGAUGAUGGGGAUGCUGUGAGAGAUUGUGCAGCUCUUGCUGAUCCCGCUAAUGGUCAGGUGACUGUAAGCCCAGAUACACUGCAAGAUUCCAUUGCUACCUACUCUUGCAAUGUUGGAUUUAAUCUCAAUGGAGGCGAGACUAGAACUUGUUUAAACUCGGGCUGGGGAGGAGAAGCGCCAACUUGCCAGGUUGUCGACUGCGGAACUCUUACGGAUCCACAGAACGGAAUGAUUCAAACAUCCAACACUAACUACGAGGGUCUGGCUAUCUACAGCUGUGUGUCUGGCUACGAGCUUGACACUGGUGCCGUCACUGUGACUCGGACUUGUCAGUUAAACAGCAUGUGGUCUGGAACGGCUCCUCAGUGUGUCCGAGUAACUUGUCUAUUCCUUACUGAUCCAACUAACGGACUUGUGCGAUACCCCAACGGUGGAACUUCGUUUGGAGACACUGCAGAGUACGAAUGUGACGCAGGUUAUGACCUCACGGGAACUCCUGUGAGGACCUGUCAGGCCAACAGGGAGUGGUCACUCACACCACCCUCUUGCACACCUGUUAGUUGUGGGGAGCUAAGCAACCCGGAGAAUGGGAUCGUUGAGGUGCCCUCUAAUCUGUUCCCAGGCACGGCUACAUACUCUUGCAAUCCUAACUUUGAGUUGGUGAACGGUCCUCAAGUUAGAAUGUGUCAGGCAAACGAAACAUGGUCGGAAAUUGCACCAAGAUGUCAGGUGAUAGAGUGCCCUACGUUAGAGAAUCCAGACAACGGAGAAGUGAACAUUCAGGUUGGAAUCAAUGGAGACACCACGGCAACGUAUAGUUGUAAUGAAGGUUAUGAGCUAAAUGGAAACAAUAUCAGAAACUGCGAGGCCAAUUCACAAUGGUCAGGAACUGCUGCUACCUGUGAAAUUAUUGAGUGCGCAGACCUAGUCGACCCUGAGAAUGGAGCCGUCACUGUCGGUAGUAACACAUUCCAAUCCGAGGCUAUGUACAGUUGCAACAGUGGUUACGAUCUCAGAGGUUCCUCUACAACUGUCUGCCAGUCUAACUCAAUAUGGAGCAAUGGGCCUCCUUUCUGCGACAUUGUGGUCUGUGAUGGUCUGAGCCCUCCUGUGAAUGGAACUCUAUUGCUCAGCAGUGUGGUGUUCAAUUCUCAAGCAACAUAUGGCUGUAACUCUGGCUUCAUGAUCAACGGACCGACGGUCAGAAUUUGUCAACAAACCGGUUCGUGGUCAGGAAAUGUCCCAACUUGUGAAGAGAUAUUAUGCCCCGAACUGGAAGUGUCUCAGGGCACGAUCAACACUACCAACGGCUACAGGACUAGUUCAGUGGCCACAGUACAGUGCAGUGAUGGCUACAGACUCAGUGGACAAAGCUCCCUUACAUGUCAGAUUUCAGGAGAAUGGACAGACAAUGAGCCCACUUGUGAACUUAUCCAAUGCCCUAACAUCACCACCGUUGCUAAUGGAGAUAUUGCAUUCACCAACAGUACCCAGCCUGGUUCAGUGGCGAAUGUGACGUGUGACGAUGGUUUUGAGUUCAGUGGGUCGGAAACACGCACCUGCACAAUGAAUGGGGUGUGGUCAGGAAAUGAAAACUUGUGUUCCCCAUCAAUGGGCCCAAAUAAUGGACUAACCAGUCUUCUUGAUCAGACUACAAUAAUUGGCAUAGCAAUUGGUGGAGCAUUGUUCCUGAUCAUCCUUUUUGUCAUCGUGACAAUUUCUGUUUGUGUAUGCUGCAAAAUAAGGAAAAAUAAGAUAUAUAAGAAGUAUGUUCUCCCCUACAGAAGCUACAUAUACGCUAACACUCAACCCACCAGUGGAGGUCCCCUGUCUGAUACGGAGAUAAGACAGUGGGAGAGUGAGACCAGACAGCAUGCAGUAGAUGCGGUGGAUGCUCUCCAGAACCACUAACAAUCCAAUCACCAGUUCACCUGCAUGUGUUUAACAAUAGCUACUUUAUUAUUAUACAUUAUACUACUAUGAUUAUAGCCAGUGCAUCCUCACCUGUUGAUUUUUUGUCACAACUAUAUUCCAUAAAUAUUGUGUUUGAUCUAUCAAAGAGGAGAGUUGUUGAUGAGA